ACAAGCCCAGUCCUGUAGAGUGGAACAUCCUGCCAACACAUCUCACACUCGCAGCAACAACUCUGCACAAGCAACCAUUGCACCCACCUCCAUGCAUGCGUCCUCGCCCACGUUGAUGCAAAGUUGGGGUUAAGUCUGCUCCUUCUUCUUCUUUUUUGUUUUGUUUUUGUUGUGUAGCCCGGACCGAACCCGCAGGUUGCGUCGCUCCGGCCGGACUAUUAUGUUAUUAUGUUGUGUUCAUGUUUGAGCGCACGGCGGUGGCACAUCCGGAAUGGAGAACCCAUAGGCAGAGACACAACAUGGACCUGAAAGGGACAACAUUUGGAAGGUUCAUGAAUUGCAGAGUGCCGCCAAAUAAGAGAUACCAGCCGACUGAGUAUGAACAUGCUGCUAACUGUGCCACACAUGCGCUUUUGAUCCUGCCGAGCCUCGUGGGUGGAUCUGUGCUGUACUUUCUGUCUGUGGACCAAUGGCAUUGUGUCACCGCCUGGCUGUAUGGAAGCGGACUCACUGGCCUGUUUGUCACCUCAACGCUCUUCCACGCUGUCGCCUGGAAAAUCAGCCACCUCAGGAAGGUGGAGCAGCGUUUCCACAUGUGUGACCGCAUGGCCAUCUACUUCUUCAUCGCCGCCUCCUACUCUCCCUGGUUGAUGCUGAGGGAAUUGGGCCCUUGGGCGUGUCACAUGCGCUGGCUAAUCUGGGUCAUGGCUUGUUUGGGGUCCCUCUACGUCUUCAUCUUCCAUGAGAAGUACAAGCUUGCGGAGUUGCUGGGAUAUGUAGCCAUGGGAGCUGUUCCUGCUGUGGUCAUCCUGUCAAUGGUGGACCACGCCGGCGUGUGUGAACUCGCCAUGGGAGGAGUCUUCUAUGCGGUGGGUGUGGUCUUCUUCAAGAGCGACGGCGUGGUCCCGUUCGCCCACGCCAUUUGGCAUCUUUUCGUGGUGGCUGGCGCAGGCAUUCACUACUACGCCAUCUGGAAGUACCUCUACUUGCCCAGGCCUCUUCUAGAAACCUCCAGGUGACGAUGACGGAAGUCUCUCGCACCGAGAACCCAUCUCACCCUAAGUUACAGGAAAACAUUGUUUUAGUGGUGACAUUGAUGCAGAUACACAUCACAUGGCACUAGCCUUGCCUUAAACAAAAGCCAUAUAUUGGUUAGAAAAAGCUCACUUGUUGUCCCUCAAUGAUGAUAGAGUAAGAGUUCAAAAGUAAUCACCAAAUCUGCCUCUUUAGUUAAGUCAGGAGGAAAAAAUCAUAGGUAGAGCCAAGUUAUUUUAUUUAAAUACCUCAAAGGCACAGCAUCAAAUUGCAUGGACUUUCCGAAAAUUGCUGUUUGGUAAAGUAAGAACAUGAUAUUGAUAUAUUUUUUAAGUCUUCCCUGUAGAAAAGAGCAUGAAAAAGUCCGUUUGUCUUUUAGUUUUGGACAAGAGCGCAAUACAUACCAGCAGGUGGCACGCAAUGACUUGUCCUAAAGCAAAUCUGAGCUUUUCUUCCAGUCACUCACGCACACAGAGAUGAAGCCACGGCAGAGACACACUGAAAAAAAAGUUACUCAAAGGUUGGGAAAGUGAGCAAAUGUCAGAGGGGUCAGCAUGUUGGCCUCACAGGCCGGAGGUUGAGGGUUCAAAUCUCUGUUUGGCCAUCGCUGCGUGGCGUUUAAAUGUUCGCCUCUUGCUUGUGUGAACUUCCUCGCAUUCCAAAAAUGUGUGUCCUGUAUUCGGUUCAGGGUGUAGAAAAAAUUAAUGGUGAUUGAUGAAGCAGUCAUCAAACAUCUGUCGAGGAGCUUAGAAAUAACAGUUUUAUUGCAAUUUUCCAAUUAUUUCCUUGCUACUGAAAACCUGAUUUUUAUUUCAUAAAUUAUUUUUUUCCAAAAUGGGACUUGAAAGAGUGGUCCCCUUAUAGAUUACGUUUUCAAUAAGCCAUCAGUAUACAUUCCAAUAACAAUGUGCCAAAACAUAUAGCAAUAUUUUGAACUUUAGCUCAUUUUGAAUUGCUGAAUAACAUAUCAAAAUGGCCAGAUGGGCCUACAAGCAAGUUUGUUGCUUGAACAAAACUAUAAGACUGAAAGAAGUACGUAAUUAAAAUCAGUGAAUUAAUUAUGAAGAUCAAGUGCAAUCCAAUUAUGGUAAAAAUGAGAAAAGAGCAGGUUGUGAUUUUAAUUAAUCAUUCAUAUCACAAAACAUUUUGUGAUUUAAAAGACAAGGUAAUGUUCGUGAGAAGUUGUAAUUUGCAUGGAGUAUGAAAUGUUUAGCUCAAAACUCUAUGCACUUUCUUUUAAAUGUUAUACAACUUAUUUUCUUACUGGCCGUAUUUUGACUGUGCUGGAGACCUGUACUUUUUUCAGAUCUAUUUUGUAAAUUUUUAUUUCUGAUAAAUCACAUGAAUAAAGAAGAGAUAAUAUAUUACAGUAA